AUGUCUGAACUCAUAAUUGCAGGAAGUGGUCCCUUGGCACGCGUAUGGCUUGCUUCUCAUUGGGAACGCAAAGUCUCCAAAUCCCAAUUUCUGCAAACCAAUCUGGAAAAAACAAUCGAUGCUAUAACAACCAACGAUCAAGAACCAUUGACGCUGCGCAUGUCAGGACAACUGUUGCUAGGUGUUGUUCGUAUUUAUUCCCGCAAGACCCGUUAUUUGCUUGAAGACUGUAAUGAAGCUCUCGUCAAGAUUAAACUGUCAUUCAAAAAGGGCAAUGUCAACAUGCCGGAUAUUCAACACACGGUUGCCAGCAUCAAAAGCAUCACUUUACCUGAACGAUUGACCGAAUUUGAUAUUCUUUUACCAGACGAGCCUCUUCUCGACUUGGAAAUGGAUACGAUUGAUGCCGUACUCGACAGUUCAUCACAACUCGCGUCUUCACAAGAUAUUACGCUCAGCGACAUUUCAUUCACUGGAGGCGAUGAUUAUGGCUUUGGCUUCGACGAGGAUUGGGGAAUUAAUCCCACGGCCGAAACCGAACGCGCACGUUUAGCAGAGAAUGAUGUGGAUGGAUUAGACGUUGGCAGUGUUGAAAUGGGUCGUCGUGACAAUGAAGAAACCUUUGGCCGCGAAGCAUCGUUUACGGAAGACAACAUUAACGAGCCUCUCAGCAAAAUGAACCUUCAAGAUCAAGACCAAGAUCAAUAUCAAGACGAUUAUGUUGACUUUGAUGAUUUCGAUUUUGGGGAUGUUGAUAACAAUCAGUUUGCUACUGGUGGGGAUGCUACUACUACCGCAUUUGGGACUGCUGCACCUGGCGCCACUGCCGCAGACGAAGAGUUCAAUCGUGUAUUUGAUGAUUCACAAUCAUUGUCGGGUAAUUCACUCAUGCAAUCUGGUCUGGUGCUGGAUGACGAUGAUGAUCAGCUCAUGUUCGAGACACAACCGCUGGAUACGCCUGCUGAAUCUGUGGCUCAACAGCCACGCCGUCAACGUCGCCGUCGCUUGGUAGUCGAUCGCGUCACCGAAAUCCCACACGAUCAACUGCGUGCCAAUGUUACCGAUACAUCACACCUCAUCAACCGGGACGUCAACCUGUCACAAAGCAACCGUAAAACAGGUGUCAAGCGUGAUUGGAAGAAACCUGUUGCACUUUCAAACGAUACCAAGCUUGGUCAAUUGUACACUCAAUUGAAGCGCAAGCGAAACAAUGCGAAUGAUGACAACGCUUUGAAUGAACAAGAGCUUGAUAUGGCUGCAGCAGCACAAUCACCUUUGGCACAAGCACUAGAUGUACCCAGCGACCAGCCGCAACAACAACAGGAUCAUGACGAUGAUUAUAUGGAUUUCGAUGACUUUGACUUUGGAGAUACGCCAGCACCAGCAACAACUACCGAACAACAACCAGAAACUGUCGAUUACGAUAACGAUGCCUAUAACAAUCAAUACAAUAACAACACACAAAGCAGCCAGUCUACAUUCAGCCGAAGCACACACGAAACAUUGGAAGGAAUCCAGAACCGGAUAACCGUCGAAAAGAGCGUAGUCAGUUUUGGUGAAUUGGCACCAGCACACAGUGCGACCAAGUCCGAAGCUGCUCGACGAUUCUAUGAUGUGUUGCUGUUGACGACCAAGGAUAGGAUUAAAGUACAGCAAGCCCAAGCAUUUGGUGAAAUCCAAAUCCGUGCAUAA